AAUACUAUAUAUAUACCUAAACGAAUUAGAGUACUUUAGAGUCCAAAAAACAACAAUGAGUCAUAACUAUAAACAACUCGUUCAGUUAUUGUAUAUAAUUUUUCAUCAAGCUGAGUCUGCUAAUUAGGAGAUGCCUAAAAUUGUAGUAAAAGGUGAUGUAUAAGAAGGAGGAUAAUAAGACAUGAGAUUAAAAAAUUGGAAUGAUGUUUUUGGAGACUUUUUGUCUGAAGGAUUGUUAAAGAAAAAAAAAAUAGAGAUGAGAAGAAAUACAAUUACAACAAUAGAUAGAGCUUAUCUUCAUGAAGUACCAUUAAAAAUUUAUAAUACUCUUUUAAACAGUCCUUCUAUUAGAAACAAUUUCACAAAGUUUAUCAUAGGUGAAAUAUCUGCUGAAGAAUUUGUUUAAAAAAAAAAUCAGUAUUAAAAAUUAGAUAAAUUAAUUCCUUCAGCUUUAAAUAAGCAGAAAAGACCAAAAAUAAAUUUGUAAUAUAAAAAAUAUAAAUAUUUUAAGAGCAUUUAGAAGAUCAGCUGUUACAGAUGAAGGUGAUCAUUAAAUAGGAUUCCUAAAAUUAUUGAAUCAAAAAAAUUAAGAAGAAAUUAAGAAACAAAAAGCUUAAUCAAGAUUUGAUAUGAUAAAAAAUGUUAUUAUUGAAAAGAUAGAGAAAAGAGAAGAAGAAGAUUUAGUAAAGAGAAGUAGAGAAUUAAAAAAUAUAGGAAUGAUUAAACAAAUGUAUGAUAUAAGUGACACAUAUAUUCAUGAUCUAUAGAAUAAAUUUAUUGAAAAAGAUGUUCCUCUUACUUAAAGAUAAAUUUAUAAAGGAAAUACUAUUAAUAUAAUAAAACAUUAAAAUCCAUAUUAAUUAGUGAAGACAAGAAAUCAUUAAAAUCCAGAUAAAGUUAAAUAUGAUCCAUUACCAGAGAAAAAUAUUAUUUGUCAUUUGGUUAAUAAACGAGCUAAGGAAUAUAUGGAAGAAUUGUAAAUAAAGGAUUAUAUUGAAAAUGAAAAAGUAAAAAGAGCAAUAUAUACUAAUUGUAAGUUUAAACAAAAUGCAAUAAUUAAAGAUUAAUAAAAAUUAUCAUCUCCAAAUUCAUCUGAUUUAAGUGAUCAAUAAAUUUAACCUAUUUUUCCAUUUAUUUAGAAACAAGAGAAAACUAAAUUAAUGAUGAAAAAUAAAUUGAUAAACAAUGAUUUAGAACUUAUAAAGUAUAUAACAAAUUAUCCUAAAUAUGAUCCUUUUAAUGAUAAAGAGUUUUAGGAGAAGAUUUAAAAAGAUUUAUUAUUAGCAGGAGGAUUAGCAUCAGAAAAGAAAAUUGAAAUACCCAAGAAAUCCCAUUUAAUUAAAUCAACUCAUAAAUAGUUUAUGAAUUAAAUAUAGAAUGAAAAUAAAACAUUAGAUUCAAAAACAGAAAAUGAUGAAUCUUUUAAUUCUAUGUAUGAAUUUAAUGUUGAUACUUUAUACCAUUAAAGUAUAUAAUUAUAAAAAAAGUUACUUGAAAAAUAAUAUACUGAUGGAUUUAGUAAAACAAUUAAAGCUAUUUAAAAAAGUUAAUAAUUAAAAAGGUAUUAAAAAAUUAAUAAUAAUUUUAGUGAAAUAAUUGAAAAGAAUUUAAAAAAGUUGGAGGGUUAAUCAACAAAAUGA